AUGAAUAAACUUUCAUCUGGUACUAUUAAAAAGAAUAAAAAAGCCAGAAAUAAAAGACAAUUACAAAAACUUAGUGCUAAUCAUGAAACCACUGUCUUUGCUGUUACUUAUAGUUUGGAAUAUGCUAUUCAACAGACCAAAGAGAAAAUUGCUAAAAUAUCACAUGAAUGUCGUGAACAAAAUCGAAGAUUUCGAGAUCGUGAAUUCGAUUUAUUUGUAAAUAAGGAUGAUUGCCUUUAUAAUAAGAAAACAGAGAAAUUUAACGCUACCAACAUAAAACGUGUCAAUAGCAUUUGUAAACAGCCACAGUUUUUCAUUGACGGUGUUGAGCCAAAUGAUAUUAAACAAGGAGGUGUUGGCGAUUGUUGGUUUGUAGCUUCAUUGGCCGUCAUUACGAAUAUUCCAAAAUUAUUAGAAACUAUCUGUGUUGCUAGAGAUGAAGAAAUUGGAGUUUAUGGAUUUAUUUUUUUUAAGGAUGGUGAUUGGGUUUCAACUGUCGUUGAUGAUCAACUCUUUACAACUGGUAAAGAUGAUAAAGAAAAUUUUCAAUUAACUUUUGCCAUUGUAGGAGGUUGGACUGGCGAAGGAAUAGAAGAUAUAACAGGCGGAUGUGCUAGAUUUGAAUCUAGUGAUACAGAUAUUAAAGAUUUAAAAGGAACUAUUAGCAAUCAUGCUUAUAGUAUUUUACGUACAGCUGAAACAGAUGACGGUAUUAAACUUUUACAAAUGAGAAAUCCAUGGGGAAAAACUGAAUGGACCGGUGCAUGGAGUGAUGGAAGUAAAGAAUGGACACCCGAACGUAUGAUUAAAUUAAAUCACCGGUUUGGCGAUGAUGGUACUUUCUGGAUGAGUUAUGAUGAUUUCCUUAAUUAUUGGGAUAUGAUUGACAUGUGUAAAUUAUUUGAUUCAAGUUGGAUGGCUUAUAUAACUUGGAUUAAUUACAAUGUUGUACCAAGAUCUAAAGGAAAGUUUAAGCUAAGUUUACCGGAAGAAUGUCAUUUGAUUAUAAUCCUUCAACAACCAGAUAGUAGAUAUUUUUGUGAUGAUCCUAAAUAUGAUUAUCAAUUAAGUUUCCGAGUAUUCAAAGAAGGUGAUGAUUCAACUUAUUUAGUCCGUAGUCGUUCGACAUUUCCAUUCGCUUCUCGUAGCAUAAACCAUGAAGUUAAACUUCCAGCUGGAGAUUACGUAAUUAUUCCUCACGUAACCCGUGAAACUAUUCCUGAACCGGAGAAAAAAUCCGAUGAAAAUAAAGAUGAAAGUGCAGACAAAGUAGUUAAUAUAAAAGAUAUAGAGAUUGAGGUUAGGAAACGUAAAGAAAACCAAAAUUGGGAAUUACAAUUGGGAUUAAGAAUUUAUAGUAAAUGUGCAGGAAUUAAAUUGGAAGGAGAUCCAGGAGAAUUCCCUAAAAAGAAAGAUAAAAAGGAAGAUGAAAAAGCAGAAGAUAAAGAUCCGGAGGUUGACACUAAAGUCAUUAAACCUAAAGAUGAAGAAGAAAAAGAUAGUGAUAAAAAAGAUGAAGAAAAAGAUAGUGAGAAAAAAGAUGAGAAAAAGAAUGAAUAA